AUAAAGGUGUUAAGGUAACUCAUGCAACAGUUUGUAAUCAUUUAAAUUGUCUUGGGUACAAAGAAAAUCGGGCCGAAGCAACCCCGAUGCUAACGAAACAUAUUAAAGCUCGUAUUGCUUGGGCAGAGAAACAUUCCAAUGAUAACUGGGAAAAUACUGUUUUUUCUGAUGAAACUUUAGACUGUUUAGGAAUACCAUCCAGUAUUGGCACAGGGGAAAACGUCCAGUUAGAAGGAUUUCAAAAGAGACAAAAAAUUUCUGCCCGGGGCGCUUUUUGGCAGGAGAAACACGUUCCUGAAAUUAAGAAGGUGCUUUGUGAUCGUUGGAGUCCCAAUUUAAAUCAUCUAAAGAACCUGUGGGAAAUUAAGAUUAACGUUGAGAAGAGUCGCAAUGAAGGAAUGGGAUAA